UCCCUUCCUCCAUUUCCAACAUGGCGUCGGGAAUGAUUUCUCGGUUUGGUGCUAAAAGAGCGUCGUUUUUAACUCGAUUGCUUUCUAAAUCACACCAGGGAAAAGCCGGUAUUUUAGCUUGCAAGAGAAACCAGAGCUCGCAUGCUCUUUCCUAUGAGCAGUCUUUAUACAAUGUACCUGAAACCAAAGUAACUACUUUACCAAAUGGCUUGAAAGUUGCUACAGAAGACUCUGGCAUUUCUACAGCUACGGUUGGUUUAUGGAUUGAUGCUGGAAGUAGAUUUGAGAAUGAGAAAAACAAUGGUGUUGCACAUUUCCUUGAACACAUGGCAUUUAAGGGUACGAAGAAGAGGACCCAAGUGGAUCUUGAACUAGAGGUGGAAAACAUGGGUGCGCACCUGAAUGCUUAUACAUCAAGAGARCAGACUGUUUAUUAUGCAAAGACAUUCAGCAAAGAUAUCCCUCAAGCUGUUGAUAUUUUGGCUGAUAUUACUCAAAACUCUGUCUUUGGUGAGGCUGAAAUUGAGAGAGAAAGAGGUGUAAUUCUUCGUGAAAUGCAGGAAGUUGAUACCCAGCUAGAAGAGGUGGUUUUUGACCAUCUUCAUGCAACUGCCUUCCAAGGCACACCCUUGGGUAGAACUAUUCUUGGUCCAUCACAGAAUGUCAAGAGCAUAUCACGUAAUGAUCUGGUAGAGUACAUCAGUAAGCAUUAUAGUGCACCAAGGAUUGUCCUGGCUGCUGCUGGAGGUGUGAAUCAUGAUGAACUUGUCAAGUUAGCUGAAACACACUUCAGUGGCCUGCGUUCAACCUAUGAGGAGCAAGACAAAGUAGAAACAUGCAGAUUUAGUGGCAGCGAGAUUCGUGUUCGAGAUGAUGAUAUGCCACUUGCGCAUGUUGCUGUAGCAGUAGAAGGAUGUGGAUGGACCCACCCAGAYUACUUUGCUCUCAUGGUAGCUAACAUGUUGGUUGGAAGCUGGGACAGAUCAUUCAGUGCAGGGAGAAAUGUUGGCAGUAAAUUAGCKCAGGAAGUCGCACAGAACAAUCUUGCACACAACUUCAUGUCCUUCAACACYUGUUACACAGAUACAGGGUUAUGGGGUAUCUACUUUGUCUCCGAUGGAAUGCAAAUUGAUAAUAUGGUAUACAUGGUCCAGAGAGAGUGGAUGAGAAUCUGCACCAGUGUGACAGAACAUGAAGUUGCAAGAGCCAAGAAUCUGUUGAAAACUAAUAUUCUUAUGCAGUUAGAUGGUUCAACUCCAAUUUGUGAAGACAUUGGAAGACAAAUGUUGACUUACGGUCGACGUAUCCCUCUUCCUGAACUUGAUAUGAGAAUAGAAAUGAUUGAUGCCAAAACUGUCAAAGAAGUUGCCACCAAGUACAUAUAUGAUCGUUGUCCUGCUGUUGUUGGUGUUGGUCCAGUUGAACAGUUACCUGAUUAUAACCGACUCAGAGGUGGAAUGUACUGGUUAAGGAUAUAAAUAGAUUAUGCUAUCAUGUUCGUCUGCAUUUCUCGGUGGAUAUGUUUAUUGUAUGUUUAAACAGCAGACCAGUUGGUCCACCUUGUAAAGAUAUUGAAUUGUUUUAUUAAAAGUGAAUUUUGAUUGUAACAAA